AUCCCACUGGGAAUUCCCAUCCUGGCCUUGUCAAGCCAGCAGGGGUGGACAAAGAGGAGCAAACAGCCCCAUUCUUUGAAUUUCAUGGGAGUAUUUGUGUGCACAGUCACCAGGGCUGAGAAUACGAUGGGGGAGCUUGCAGACAGCGUUUUCAGAAAUGAUUAAUGGCCAGGAGACUCUGGAUCCGUUCUGAUAAGGACAAGGAGAUCCAUAUCAGGUACAGCAUCACUGGAGUGGGAGCUGACCAGCCACCCAUGGAGGUGUUCAACAUUGACCCCGUGUCGGGCAGGAUGUACGUGACCCGCCCCAUGGACAGGGAGGAAAGAGCUUCCUACCAUCUCCGGGCUCAUGCAGUGGACAUGAAUGGAAACAAGGUGGAGAAUCCCAUUGACCUUUACAUCUACGUGAUUGAUAUGAAUGACAACAGGCCAGAGUUCAUCAACCAAGUCUAUAAUGGAUCUGUUGAUGAAGGCUCUAAACCAGGGACCUACGUGAUGACGGUGACGGCGAACGACGCGGACGACGGCACCACGGCCAACGGGAUGGUGAGGUACAGGAUUGUCACCCAGACCCCACAGAGCCCCUCCCAAAACAUGUUCACUAUCAACAGCGAGACAGGGGACAUUGUCACCGUGGCUGCUGGGCUCGACAGGGAGAAAGUUCAGCAGUACAUAGUCAUUGUCCAAGCAACAGAUAUGGAAGGAAAUCUUAACUAUGGUCUCUCAAACACGGCCACAGCCAUCAUCACAGUGACAGAUGUGAAUGACAACCCCCCUGAAUUCACCACCAGCACUUACUCAGGGGAAGUGCCUGAGAACAGAGUGGAGGUUGUGGUGGCAAACCUGACGGUGAUGGACCGGGACCAGCCCCACUCUCCCAACUGGAACGCCAUCUACCGCAUCAUCAGCGGGGACCCCUCGGGCCACUUCACCAUCCGCACUGACCCCGUCACCAACGAGGGCAUGGUCACCGUGGUCAAGGCAGUCGAUUACGAGAUGAACAGAGCUUUCAUGCUGACAGUGAUGGUCUCAAACCAAGCUCCCCUGGCCAGUGGCAUCCAGAUGUCCUUCCAGUCGACAGCAGGAGUCACCAUUUCAGUCACAGACGUCAACGAGGCCCCGUAUUUCCCGACCAACCACAAGCUGAUCAGGCUGGAGGAAGGGGUGCCCACGGGGACGGUGCUGACGACGUUCUCGGCGGUGGAUCCCGAUCGCUUCAUGCAGCAGGCAGUAAGAUACUCUAAGCUGUCAGAUCCUGCAAACUGGCUGAACAUUAAUGCCACAAAUGGUCAGAUCACUACUGCUGCUGUCCUUGAUCGAGAGUCAGACUACAUUAAGAAUAAUGUCUACGAGGCCACAUUCUUGGCGGCUGACAACGGAAUUCCCCCUGCCAGCGGCACGGGCACUCUGCAGAUCUACCUGAUCGACAUCAACGACAACGCCCCGGAGCUGCUGCCCAAGGAGGCGCAGAUCUGCGAGAAGCCAAACCUCAAUGUCAUCAACAUCACGGCCGCCGACGCCGACAUCGAUCCCAACGUGGGGCCCUUCGUCUUCGAGCUGCCAAGUGUGCCAUCUGCAGUGAGGAAGAACUGGACCAUCACACGGCUCAAUGGGGACUACGCCCAGCUCAGCUUGCGGAUCAUGUACCUGGAAGCAGGAGUGUACGACGUGCCCAUCAUCGUGACAGACUCAGGAAACCCCCCCUUGUACAACACCUCUGUCAUCAAGGUGAAGGUGUGCCCGUGUGACGAGAAUGGUGACUGCACCACCAUCGGGGCUGUGGCUGCUGCAGGGCUGGGCACAGGGGCCAUCAUUGCCAUCCUGAUCUGCAUCAUUAUCCUACUGACCAUGGUCCUGCUCUUCGUGGUGUGGAUGAAGCGCCGGGAGAAGGAGCGCCACACCAAGCAGCUGCUCAUCGACCCCGAGGACGACGUCAGGGACAACAUCCUCAAGUACGACGAGGAGGGAGGUGGAGAGGAGGAUCAGGAUUACGAUUUAAGCCAGCUCCAGCAGCCAGAGACCAUGGACCACGUGCUGAACAAGACACCUGGAGUCAGAAGGGUGGAUGAAAGACCUAUUGGUGCUGAACCACAGUAUCCUAUAAGACCAGUAAUCCCACAUCCAGGGGAUAUUGGUGAUUUUAUUAAUGAGGGCCUUCGUGCAGCAGACAACGACCCCACGGCUCCCCCCUACGAUUCCCUGCUGGUGUUUGACUACGAGGGCAGCGGCUCCACCGCCGGCUCCGUCAGCUCCCUCAACUCCUCCAGCUCCGGGGACCAGGACUACGACUACCUGAACGACUGGGGGCCCAGGUUCAAGAAACUGGCAGACAUGUACGGGGGAGGAGAGGAAGAUUAAACUGACCUCAUCUUAUUAAAAAAAAAAAAAAAUUAAAAAAAAAAAAAAAAAA